CUCAUAAUCAUCACCGGCCUCCCCACAUCGGGCAAAACCACCCGCGCCCGCCAACUCUACGAUUAUCUUUCCACCCGCCUCACCUCGCAAUCAUCAUCACAGCAUCAGCAACAACAAGAACAGCAACAGCAGCAAAAAAACCCGUCGCCAAACCCCUCGAGCAGCCCCAGACCGCCUUACCGUCUGCACCUGAUCUCCGACAGCACCCUCUCCAUCCCGCGCACGGUCUACGACCUCUCUCCCGCCAGCCUGCCCGCCCACGUGCGGUCGGCCAACGCAUCGGAGAAGGACGCGCGCGCGGCCAUCUACGGCGCCGUCAAGCGCGUCCUCUCGCCGCGCGACAUCGUCAUCCUCGACGGGCUCAACUACAUCAAGGGGUGGCGGUACCAGCUUUACUGCGAGGCCAAGAACGUGCGGACGGGGAGCUGCGUGUUGCAGAUCGGCGCCGGCGUCGAGCGUGCCAGGCGGGUCAACGAAGCGCGGCUUGCAAGGAAAAGGACGGCAGAUCUUGAAGAAGGCGGCAGCGGCGACGGUGACGACGAGGAGCCGUACGAGCCCUCCAACUGGGAGAACCUCGUCUUCCGCUACGAGGAGCCCAACGCGAUGAACCGCUGGGACUCGCCGCUGUUCACGCUCAUCUGGGAGGACGACGAGGCCCAGACCAGGGCCGUCUUCGACAAGAUCUGGGACGCCAUCGCCGGCGAGGGCCGCAAGCCCGUCAAGCCCAACCAGUCGACCGUGCAGCGCGACAAGGACCCCGGCGGCGACUACCUGUACGUGCUGGAGCGCGAGACGCAGGACAUUGUCAAGAAGAUCCUCGAGCGGCAGCCCGACGAGGGCGGCGGCACCGUCGCCCUGCCCCGCGCGAGCAACCCCGCGGCGGGCGUCCAGGAGGCCGAGGGCGAGAGCGACCUGGUGGUCGAGCUGCCCGGCAAGAAGGUCGGGCUGCCGCAGCUGCAGCGGUACCGGAGGGCGUUCGUGGCGCUGAACCGCGGCGGCAUCGGGCUCGAGGCGGUCGGCAAGUUGGCGGCCGAGCGGCUGCGCGAGAGCUUCGUCGGCUAUCUGAACGAUGCGUUUGAAAAGGACGGCUAG